UUGGCGCGCACUUGUGCCGCUGUCCUCCACUUCAGUCCCAUUUAGUGAGACGAUACACAGAUGUCACGACUCAUGUAGACACAAUGGAACGGGAAAAUGUUUCUUAUUUUAAAACUGACUGCUGAAAUACGCGGAUUGCCAGAUGAUUUUUACUGCGAAAAUCCUCACAUUCCGACAAUAAAUCGGUGAUCUGGUAGGUGCAAUCUGUUGCCUUACGUCUUUAAAAACGCAGAUGCAGAUUGAAAAGUUUAUUAUUAAACAAUUUCUAUCUAUUGAAUACAAAUUUAAAAGAUAUUAGACUUCAUAGACAUAUGAUUUUGUCACGCGUAGAGCAAUAUCGUACAUUAUUAAUAAACCUACUUAAUGAACUAGGAUCUUAUUGUAAAAAAAAAAAAAAAUUACAAAUAAUAAUAAAUAACUAACAAUCCUGCUCUUCUUAAGUGAUUUAUGACGUCACUACAUAGGAGACCCUCCUGUCCCUGAUCUUUUUCUUGCAGGUAAAAAGUGCAGGAAGUGGACAGUUCAUCAAGAAAUCAUUACAGUCUCCCAAAGUGGAAUGCAUAAAAACUGGGCACUGCCAUGGCAGGAGAUAGCAAUCAGGAUUUGGUCUGCAGCUUAAUGUUCCACACUCUGCAGAACGGCAUCUCAUGAAGCCUCAGGAACCGAUAGUAUUCUGUUACUGCCUCACUGAAGAAUAGGAAUACGGACUGGAGAGUCUAGACUUAUUUACAGCUCAUUCAUGUAGACUAGUCUCUGGUGCGCCUUUUUACAUGUGUGCGUGUGCAUAUGUAUGCUGGCUUUGUGGCUUUGUAUGUUUGCAUGUCCGUGUCAUUUCCUGCUGGUGCUUAAGCCAUGCCUCGCAGACCGGAUGCCAGGCGCAGCUGUUGCUUUCCACUGCACUUGAAUGAGGACAAUGCUCGCUUCGGUCUGUUGGCGGCGUUCAUCCUGCUGUACCUCUUCUGUGGAGCGCUGGUGUUCUCUGCCCUUGAGCGUCCAUCCGAGUUGCAGGCACACCAGCGUUGGGAGGAACAGCUGGCUAACUUCACCCUGCAGCACAAGCUAAGGGUUGAGAGCCUACAGGCUUUGCUGAGACAUUAUGAGGAGGCCUUCGCCACAGGCAUCCGUGUGGAUACUCUGAGACCUCGCUGGGACUUCUCUGGGGCGUUCUACUUUGUCGGUACCGUAGUUUCCACAAUAGGAUUUGGCAUGACCACCCCUGUGACAAUAGGUGGCAAAGUGUUUCUGAUAUUCUAUGGACUUAUUGGUUGUGCUGCGACAAUUCUGUUCUUCAACCUCUUCCUUGAGCGCAUCAUCACCAUGUUGGCAUACAUCAUGCGCUGGUGUCACGAGAGGCAGUUGCGGCGUGCUGGCGUGGGUGGAGAGGAGGCUCGCUGUGAGGAUGAUAGUUUAGAAGGCUGGAAGCCCUCUGUCUACUACGUGAUGCUCAUACUGGGGGUUGCGGCACUACUGAUUGCCUGCUGCGCCUCAGCACUGUAUUCGUCUAUGGAAGACUGGGAUUACUUUGAUUCACUUUAUUUCUGCUUUGUGGCCUUCAGCACCAUUGGCUUCGGAGACUUAGUAAGUAGUCAGAGGGAGAGCUACGAGGCACAGGAAGCUUACAGACUGGGGAACUGUCUUUUUAUACUCAUGGGUGUCUGCUGCAUCUACUCACUCUUUAAUGUAAUUUCCAUCAUUAUAAAGCAGACCCUAAACUGGAUCUUGGCAAAAAUGGACAGCAGCAGGGUACAGUGCCCAUGCCGAGGACGUACCUACAGAAGGCAAGGCUCAGCAUGCUGCUGUUGCUGCCUCCCCUGCCCGUGGCGCAGCCAGCACCCUAUAACUGGAAACCCACGGCAAAGGGCACAAAAGCGCAAUGCUGUACACCCAGCCCCUGCUAAUGAGGUGGCACGGAAGCAGCGCUUCACUAAUGCAUCAGUGGAAACAGUGUGCGAUAGUGAGACUGAUCCUGGCCUGGGCCCAGAUGGAGGUUAUCUCACAGGUCAUAGACUCUCAGGAGAAAUGAUCUCUGUCAAUGACUUUAUGGCCAACAAGGUUUCUCUUGCCAUUCUGCAAAAGCAGCUCUCAGAGACCGCCCAUGGAAACCCAAGACAGAGCCAUGUUCGGCAGAACGGCUUUUCUGUUGGAGUGGGAGCUUUCGCUAUCAUGAACAACCGCCUACAAGAGACCAGUGUUGACAGGUAGUUCAGUUUCAGUGGAUCAUAGCACCUGGCACUGUCCAGUGUAUUUUCUUGAAUGAGCAGAAUCAGAAAGAGAACUAUUUAAACAGUGCUAGAUGUUAGAGAAGUGGUUUAGUGGGAAAACCUAGACAUUUAAAAUUUACUGUUACAGUAGAUGUAUUCGAGGAAACUCAGCUAUUUACAAUUUAAAUUUUUAUUGAAAAUUAAAACCUAUUCAGUCAUCUGAGAUACACUAAAUUGCCAAAAGUAUUGGGUCACCUGGUCAUAAGUAUGGUAUGUGAUUUUUGAGCAUUGCA